AUGCAUGUUCACUACAACCCCCUCCUCCUCCUCCGUAUCCCUUUUCCUGCUGCUGCAGUCUCUUUCCACGACAUAAUCUCAGUGGGUGCCUUUUCCACCGCCUCCACGCGCUACAAGUGUCGAGGCCUCUUCCAGACCGCCUUCUCCAACGCCAGUGGUGACGUGGGUCAGCCCUUCCCACCGAGCCCAUUGAGCCUGGCGGACUUUGCUGACUGUCUGCCCUCUACAGCCGCCGUGUUACAGCUUGAGUCACAUAAGGUGGGCGUGGCCAUUAAGCGUCUCGCAGACGGCGCAGCCCUGGUUGUGCAAUUGCACUCAGACCUCGGAGAGCUAAAGACACGUCUACAGGCAGUGGGCCAAGCUGUCCUCCUGACUGAGCGCCUCGAUGACGACGUGAGUGCCUUUUUUGCGAAGCAGUGUGAAGUUCAUCUUGCGCGUCGAUCC